AUGACGGUAGCUUGUAGCUUGGAAACAUGCGCCAUGGAAGUCGAUUCUAUAAGUCUAGGGGACUCAUCUUUAUUUCUCCAGCCGCCCCUGAAAGAUGAUACAACUGAACUUAAUUUACAACAGUCAUCACUUUUCAAUGAAUCAUCGUUCGAUGGAAAUGAAAACGAUGAAUCUGAAUUGAAUUUACAACUGUCCUUACUUUUCAAUAAUACAGCCGAGCAAGGGCCAAUCGAUUCUACUCCAGAAUCUUCUGAAACUAUGCAGAUUGAUGACCUUGAAUAUAUAUCACCAAUUUGCUUGCCGAUGAAAGAAGUUAGAUUGCUAAAUGAUUCAACGAUUAAGUUACAACCAAGAAGCGUGAAAAGAAUCAAAAUCGAUGACACACCACUUGAAGGGACUUAUAUGGAUAUGGAUAUCCUAUUCAGUGGUGCUAAGCUACUUACCAAAAUUAAAGAAAACAAGAAAAAACUAGACCAAGAAACCGCUGAAGUGAGUCCCGAAACGCAACUAGCUGCCUGCACAGCACAACAAAUAUGGACGGAGAAGUAUAGGCCAAACAGCUUCAUCGAAUUAUGUUCAGCCGGAAAUGAUGGCCAAUAUAGACACAUAUUACAUUGGCUCAAAAAAUGGUCAUCUGUUGUAUUUGGCGGAGAAUCCAAUUCGAAUCCCGAACAAGUUGAUGCUUUAGGUAGACCUCAUAGGAAAAUAUUAUUGAUACAUGGGCCUCCGGGAAUAGGUAAGACUGUGAUAACGCAUAUCUUGGCAAAGCAGAUGGGAUAUAGUAUACAAGAAUUGAAUGCAUCUAAUAGUAUGGAUACUCUUCCCCAAUCAGGAGCGUACGGUUCUAAUAACGGGUCGAGUGCAUUGAAAUUAAAGAUUGUAAAUGCAAUGACUUCAAAUACCGUAGUUAAUGCUUCUAAGAAGCCUUCUUGUUUGGUUAUUGAUGAAAUUGAUUCUUUGGUCAAUGCUAAUGAUGUGGUUAAAAUUUUGAAUGAAUUGAUACAAGCAGAUCAAAGGGCCACCUGGAAGAAAUUGAAAAGGCUGGUAUUUGAUGAGGGCGAAAAUAAGAAACCGAAUAAAAAGAAGGACAUCUUAUUAAACAGACCUAUCAUAUGUAUAGCCAAUGAUAUCUAUUCAAAUUCUAAUGGGAAGUUUGGAAUCAAUCCCAUGGAUAAAUUGCGUCCCAUCUGUGAAAUAGUUCAAUUGAGAAAGCCAAUGUCUACCAAAACUAUAUCUGGGAAGAAAUUAAGUGGGAAUGGUAUAAAAUCAAUCAAAGAUCAUUUAAUGUGGAUAAAUCAACGUGAAAACCUAGGUCUUGACAAUCAAGAAGUCAGUGAGAUUGUUGAGAUUUGUGACGGAGAUAUAAGAGCAUGUAUAAAUCAUAUCCAAUUCAAUGGACGUAAAAUGCAUACUCGUUUUGAUGACGAGAGGACAAAGGUUAACGGAAGUAGUGGUAGAUCAAGCAUGGAUAAACAGAUUAGUUGGUUUGGAAUGGUUGACCAAUUAUUUAAGCGUGAUGGACAAAUGUCGAAAGAUGAAAAUUUUAUGCACUUACUAGAAAGAUUCAUGAGUGGAUCUGGGAAAUCAGUGGUCAGCAACACAAGCUCAUUUGACAAAGUAAUGAAAGGGGUAUUUAAUAAAUAUCUAGAUGUGGUUCAUUUACAAGAUGAUUCUCUUAGAGGACCAUGUAUUCUUAGCGAUUGGUUAGGAUUUUAUGACCAGUUGGGAAUUUUGCAAGACAAUCAAUACACUACUUUGGUUGGAUUGAAGGUCUGGUCAUUGUUUAGUGAAAUAAACCCUCAAAGAAUAUCGCAGUCAUUGAUUCCAAAUGCAAAGAAUCUUGAAUUUGAAUCAUAUGAAGGAUUGAAACAUAAUAGAAAUGUAGUGAAACGGGUGGCUGAGAAUUUGCCUAUACAAACUCAAUUAUCUUUAGGUAUGAAUCUGGAAGUUGUAUCUACUUACUUUUUACCAUACUUGUCCAAAAUAUUAUCACCAAGUUUAUCAUCAAAAUUGAAGUCCAACUUAAAUGAAACUGAAAAGAUUCAAGUGGAAAAAAUCACCGAAUUAGUCAAAGAUUUUAACUUAGCAUUAGAGAAUGUCAAGGAUACAGAAACAGGGAUAGCAACACUAAGGAUAAAUCCUAAUUGGGAGACCAUCACUAUUUUCGAGAACGAGUAUGCACCAUUUCCUGUAGCAACUAUGCAGAAACACAUUCAAUUCAGAAGGCAAUCAUUAUUCCCAUUAAUAGUUGCUGAAAUGGAAAGGCUCGAUAUGAUUAGAAAAUCCAAAAACACCAAUAAGGGAACUCUUAAACACUCUAGAGCCGAUGAAGAACUCCAACAUGAUAUCAAGAGUAAGAAAAUCAAGAUUGAAAACAGUGUUGAUUUUUUUAAAGGGAAAUAUCAGCAAGUUAAUUCCAAGCUUUCAACAACAAGAAAUUCUAAUGACCAAGAAGCGUUUAAACCAGCUAGAAUUUGGGUUAAAUAUAACGAAGGGUUCUCAAAUGCGGUACGAAAGAAUAUUGGUUGGAAUGACCUUUGGUCAUUAUAA